GAAUAUAUGGCGAUAAAACAGUUCGAUAUGUUUAAUGAUAUCAACAAUUUGGUUAAUUUCAAGGAAUAUAAUAUAAAAGAAGAAAAUCUAAGAAUUAAAAAUUAUGAAUAUUGGAAUUUUUCGUGGAAUACGCUUUAAUUUUGUUGGUAUAUCAGCCAUGUCUACAUGGAUAUCCGCAGACGAACGUAUGUUAAAAAUAAUAAGGAAGAUAGUACCAAAUUUGACCAAUACUAAAUAUAAAGGUCAAGAUGGAAGAAUAGGAAUAUUCGGUGGUAGCUCAGAUUAUACUGGAGCACCAUAUUUCACGGCAAUGAGUGCUCUUAGAACUGGCGCAGAUUUAGUGCAUAUAUUUUGUGUAAAAGAUGCUAGUACACCUAUUAAAUCUUUUAGCCCAGAACCAAUUGUACAUCCGGUUUUGGAUCAAUACGAUGCUAUGAAACAUAUAAAGCCUUGGUUGGAUCGUUUGCAUAUUAUUAUCAUUGGGCCAGGACUUGGAAGAGAUGAUAAGAUUCUUAAAGUCAUAGUUGAAUUGAUUUCCAUCUGCCGUGAAUUAAAAAAACCAUUGAUAAUAGACGCGGAUGGAUUAUUCUUAAUAUUUCAAAAACCUGACAUAAUUAAGGAUUAUCCAGAUUUAAUACUUACACCUAAUGCUAUGGAAUUUAGUCGAUUAGCUAAGUCUAUAUUAAAAAAAUCGAUUCAACCUUCCCCAAUGGUUAAGCCUGCGGAUGUAAAAGAAUUGGCGGAUACUCUUGGAAAGAAUGUUGUCAUUUUACAUAAAGGAGCAAAAGAUAUUAUAGCGGAUGGACAUGAAGGCACUGAAACUAUAUCAUGUGGCAUGGCUGGUUCUGGACGACGAUGCGGUGGUCAAGGAGAUCUUUUAGUUGGAUCCGUAGCUGUUUUCUGGUGGUGGGCCAUUUGUGGUGUAACUUGUGAUUCCACUAUAUCACCUUCGGUAUUAGCAUGUUACGCAGGAUCAAGAUUAAUUAGAGAAUGUAAUUCAGCUGCGUAUAAAAUUAAACAAAGAGCCACUUUGACAAGUGAUAUGUUGGAACAAAUACAAAAUGUUUUUGCUAGAAUUUUUGAAACUCAUGGCAACAAGUGAGCUAUAAGUUUGAAUCGUAAACUCAUAUAUAUAUAUAUGUAUAUUUACAGGCAAUUUUUUUAUAAUUGCAUAUAUAUUUCUUAGUAUAAACAAUUAUUUAAUGAAUUUUUUUUAAAUAUAUUUCUUAACAAGAAAAGAGUAUAUAUGUAUAUAUCUAAUAUCCCAUCAAAGUUUUCUUAAUAUUCGUUUUAGAACUUCGUCAUUCAAUGGGAGAAAUCGAUUAUUGCAAAAUGUUGAUAAUUAAAAACAUUGGAUCAUGUUUAAAUGAAAUUUUUAGAAUACACGAGAUAUAGUAUACUAAAGAAUAUUAAUAAAUAUAAUGUUAUUUUAUGACAAAUUAGAUCAUAUGCAUGCAUUUAGCAUUGUUAAUAUCUUAGAUAUGGAAAAGUUAUAAAUAAUAAGACUGUCAAUAAAAUAUUUUGUACAUUUUAUACUCUAAGAGUAUUUAAGGAACGAAAUAAGAUCAGUACAUUGGUAAUUAAAUUUUUAAAAAGAAAUCUACUUAUAUAUUUAUAAUAAUGAUAAUAUUAAUAAUAAUAAAAAUAUUUCUUUUCCUUUUUCUUGUUUAUACAAAACUUUUAGAUUUUGCAUGAUCAUACAAGAAAUAUAGAAAUUUAAUGGUCACUCGUACAUAAAUAUUAAGAAGAGAAAAAUUUGUCAUACAACAACAUUUAUGUGAUUUAUCACAAGAAAUACAUAUCUAAUAUCAUUUUUAAGAAUGAUGCUGUAGAUUUCAGCCAUGGUAAGCCAAUUAAUUAAGUACAAAUAUAUUGCAUCGUACUGCAAAUUUUUUAUCUGCUACUUAUAACCGAUAUUGUAAUCGAUUACUUUUCUAUUAUAAUGAAUAAUUUCAUUAUUUAACAGA